UGUCGACAGAGUCGUACCUCCAUGUAGUUAAACACCAGGUUGAGAUCUAUCGCGAUCACGUUGAACGAGACAUGCGCUCUAUGUGCAUGUAAUGCUUGGAGCAUUUCCCUACUGAAAUACUUAGAUCCGCAAUGACUCUGGCGGGGCAGGGCAGCAGGGCACAGGGCAGGCUGGCAGGGGGGCGGCAUGUUCGGUGCGCGCUCUCCGAGCAGGUCCAGGUUGCGCGGAUUGCUCAGCUGCAAUGACUCCCUAAACCUAGCGAUUUCCGGUAUGUAAGGAAGUGCAGAUCACACCCACAUCCCUUUUCAUUUGUAUUGUGCAGUCCGAUUCACUGACUGACCUGCAAUUUGCGAGUCGCGAGUCGCAACUUCUUCCUGUUCAUCUGGCUCUGGCGGAAUGGACGAUUUCCUUAGCGCCGCGCCUUAUGGACAGGCGUGUGGAGGCUGCGCGCGAGCUAAAUCCAAGUGCUUCUUGAGGGUCGGCGGAUCUGAGUGUCAACGGUGUCAUCGCCUCGGGAAGGAAUGUGAACCCGCACGCAAACGAAAGGCCGCGACGCCUCCGCAUCAUCAGCAGCCACAACAAAAACAGCGACUGUCAAUACAAGAACAGUCAUCGCCAGUGCUAUCGACCCGACUCGAGGAGAAGCUGGACAGCCUCGUGUCUCUACUGCGCUCUCAGGCCACCGAGAAACAUGGUCAGGCCCAAGGUCAGGAUGUCCAGCUGCAACAACUACAUACACCACAAUCCCAACAAUCUCAUGACACCCCCAAGUCGCAUGCCGACAGCGCUGCCCACUUUCAUGUGCACCCUACGCCGCCCAACUCAACUCACACAGGCACGGCUACCACAUACAGCGAAUUAGCAGGCAGCUUCGAAUCUGGAGCCGACCCCCACCUGGUGUUCGACGCAGGAAACUCCGUCAUACGUCCGGUCCGCCCGCCUGAGUGCGAUGCCUCAAUAUCGUCGCCCAUUCACCACGAUGUGUCGAUGCACAACUUCUCGGAUCAGAGGGCAGAGGAGCACUUGAACGUGUUUCGACGUUCGUUUGUCCCAAUGUUCCCUUUCGUCCAUGUCCCUACCCACAAGAGCGCGCGCCAACUUCGCCAGGAAAAGCCCUUCCUCUGGUUCGUCAUCAUGUGCCUCACCAAUCCUGACGUGUCGGAGCAAUUCGCUAUGGAGGACACGGUAUGGUAUAUUAUUUCUCAGAGAAUCGUUGCGCAGCAUCUCGCUAAUUUGGACCUGCUCCUUGGCGUCAUAUGUUUCGGCGCUUGGGCGCACUACUUCAAAAAAGACAAGCCGUUCAUGACUAUGCUUGCACAGUUGGCCGUCUCUCUCGCCACCGAUCUGGGUAUCCAUCAAGAUUCCUUCUCCCAUCUGCGGCAAACCAGAUCAGCCAAGAUUCUCAUCAGAGACGCGAUAGGGCGGGAGCCAAGGACGUUGGAAGAGCGUCGCACCAUGCUAUCUGUCUUUCACCUUACAUCAGCGGCGUGGUCGACAUACAGGAAAGUUGAAGCCCUCCGCUGGACCCCAUAUAUGGCCAGCUGCCUGCGAAUCCUUUGCGAAGCGGCAGAAACCGACUGGGACUUGGUACUAGCUACCCAGGUAAAAUGCCAGGCCAUUACAAACCAGCUAAUGUGCGCCGCUGGGGACCAGCCUGCUGCGAAUGGCGGAGACCCAAAAUCUUCCUCAGCCAUGUUCGUAACGUAUUUGCUGGGGCAGCUCGAUGAGAUACGACAAAGCCUCCCAUCUCAAAUCUGCUUGUACAGCUCUGCACAAUAUUACCUCUACAGCGCUGAGCUGAAGAUCCGCGAGUCCAUCCUCACACGGCUGGCGAGCCACCAAGACACUAGUCUUUCGGGAUUCCACAGACUGCAGGACCUCGACUCGCUCCUCACCUGUGUUGAGCGUUGGCUGGCAGUCUGGUUUGAGAUGCCGCUCGUGGACUGGCUCGGCAUCACGGUCGACACAUUUGCGCAGUCUACGCACUGCCUCAUCGUGCUGUUCAAACUCACGACACUCAGUGAGCCCGGCUGGGACACGGACGAGGUGCGGCGGCGCGCCGACGUCCUUGCAGCGCUCGAUCGCUCCUGCGAGACGGUUGAGCUUGUGCCCGCGGCUGUGGGCAUGGUGGAUGCGGACCAAGGGUCACCGCGGAGGGGUCUCUUCUUCAAAACGACGUAUCUUCUGCGAAGCAUCAAGGCCUUGAUCUUGGCCGAGAUGACGCCGGAUGUGUUGUCUGGAGCGGCGCUGCAAUCGCCCGGCGUCGGCGUCGUCAUAGACGAGUACAGCGCCAAAGGAAGUAGUGCGGUACACUAUGGCGCAGAAGAAGUGCCUAUCCCGGAUGAGCUCGUGCUGAGCUUGUCCGACGAGCCUUGGUUGUCGGAUAUAUGGAGCUCUCCGUGGGAUCUCUUACCUGACGGCGCAUUUGAUCUUCCCUUGUUCACAUGAGCAAUUGAUAGUUUACUUCUAGACUCAAAAGCUACAUAAAGCAGCCAUGAAUAAUACCCACGUCACAUUCAUUCCGGGAGUAUAUAUCGAUGCACUGAAUUCUAUAAAGCCAGUGUGCUUAUGUAGGAUCGCUCACUCUGCGAGUCUGACGUGCUUCGGGCGGGUAGGAGGGCGUCGGAAUCCACGAGGCGCCAGGGGCAUCGGCGCAUAAUCUUGGAGCUUUCCUCCUUUUGGUCUUGCGGUGUUCUCACCAGCACCACUUUCUGUUCUAAUAUGUCAGUACAUAUACAUGAGUACAUAUGUACAUAGCCCAGACUCAGUCAUUUCACAAUCUCUUAUUCGACUCAACCGAGGCGCGCAUGAAGAUAUUUAAAUAUAUUUAUUGAG